CCAUUUAUUACAAAUUGCUAACUAGCAAGCAUGGCCCCUGGUUUUGUUUGUAAUACAUAAUUGAGCUGUUUAUUUUGCUGUUGAACGUGGAUAGUUUGCAACUAGAUAACAACUUAACUCGAUAGUAAUGUCUUAGCUAAUUUGAGACGUUAACUGCAGCUGUCAACGUCACGAUUUAUUUAAACGUUGAUGGUUUGGUGUUACUGAAUGUAAACUUUAGAGGGCUCUGUAGACUAACGUUACCUUAGAAUAUUGCUUAUUUCCAUUUCAGAAUGGCUGAGAACGAUGCUGACAAUGAACUGCUGGACUAUGAAGAGGAUGAGGAGCCUCAGGGAGUCCCAGAGACGGCUGCCCCAGCAGGCAAGAAGGAGGUGAAGGGCUCCUAUGUCUCCAUCCACAGUUCUGGCUUCAGGGACUUCCUGCUCAAACCAGAGCUGCUCCGUGCGAUUGUCGACUGUGGCUUUGAGCAUCCGUCUGAAGUUCAACAUGAGUGCAUCCCUCAGGCCAUCCUGGGAAUGGACAUCCUGUGCCAGGCUAAGUCUGGUAUGGGCAAGACGGCAGUGUUUGUUCUUGCCACACUACAGCAGAUCGAGCCUGUGGAUGGACAGGUGUCAGUUCUAGUAAUGUGCCACACACGAGAGCUGGCCUUCCAGAUCAGCAAAGAGUACGAGCGCUUCUCCAAGUACAUGCCCACGGUCAAGGCAGCCGUGUUCUUCGGGGGCCUGUCUAUCAAGAAGGAUGAGGAUGUGCUGAAGAAGAACUGCCCUCACAUUGUGGUGGGAACCCCUGGCCGCAUCCUGGCCCUCAUCCGCAACAAGACCCUGAACCUAAAGAACGUCAAGCACUUUGUCCUGGAUGAGUGUGACAAGAUGCUGGAGCAGUUGGACAUGAGGCGUGACGUACAGGACAUCUUCAGGCUAACUCCACAUGAGAAGCAGUGCAUGAUGUUCAGCGCCACCCUCAGCAAGGAGAUUCGACCGGUCUGCCGCAAGUUCAUGCAGGAUCCCAUGGAGGUGUUUGUAGAUGAUGAGACCAAGCUGACGCUGCACGGUCUGCAGCAGUACUACUGCAAGCUGAAGGACAGCGAGAAGAACCGCAAGCUCUUUGACCUGCUUGAUGUGCUGGAGUUCAACCAGGUGGUGAUCUUUGUCAAGUCAGUGCAGCGCUGUGUGGCGCUUUCUCAGCUACUGGUGGAACAGAACUUCCCUGCCAUUGCCAUCCACAGGGGCAUGGCUCAGGAGGAGAGGCUGUCCCGGUACCAGCAGUUCAAGGACUUCCAAAGGCGGAUCUUGGUAGCCACCAACCUGUUUGGUCGAGGGAUGGAUAUCGAGCGGGUCAAUAUUGUCUUCAAUUACGACAUGCCUGAGGACUCAGACACAUACUUACACAGGGUGGCUCGUGCUGGGCGGUUUGGAACCAAGGGUCUGGCUGUGACCUUUGUGUCAGACGAGACCGAUGCCAAGACUUUGAAUGACGUGCAGGACCGCUUUGAGGUCAAUGUGGCCGAGCUGCCAGAAGAGAUCGACAUUUCCACUUACAGUAAGGCUCUCUCCAUCCUUAUACAUGCAGCCUCCCAUGGAGGUUUCUCCACUCAAACGGACAUUACUUGUUAUUCUUGUAAGUUGAGUCAUAGUUAUGUCUUUCUGUCACUGUCUGCUGGCAAUUGUUUAAUUCAAUGUUAAAGGGGAGUGAAUGUAGUGAAGAGGGUCUAAAAUUGACUUGGCUAUCAUAACAAAUGUCAUUGUGCCCUGUGUUCUGCUUGGGGUAUGCAACAUCUGUUAAUCAUUAGUACUCUAAUGCUGGGCCUGAAAGGUCAGAGGGAUAAUGUCAGCUCAUUGAAACCCCCAAGAUAAAUGCCUGGUAUAAUAACUUAUUGAGUAAUGGUGGUGACUAGAGAGAAUUGGGCUGUCCUCCACAAAAAUCUUUGCCGCUCAAGUCAUCUGUUCUUUCGACCAAUUGUUUGGUUGAUAUUUUAGUUUUUUUGUUUGUUUUUUACGCGCUUGUCUGAUGCUUUAAGCCAGGUGUCAAACUCAUUCCAUGGAGGGCCUAGUGUCUGCUGGGUUUUGGUUUUUCCUUUCAAUUAAGACCUUAACAACCAGGUGUGGAGUUCCUUACUAAACAGUGACCGUGAUUGAUGAAUUAAGUCCAAGGGAGGAGCGAAAGCCCUUAAACUCAUUCCAGAGGGAAGAGUGUGUGACAUGUGCUUUAAGCACACAUUUUGAUGAAAUAUCAAAUCAAAGUUUAUUUGCCACGUGCGCUGAAUACAACAGGUGUAAACCAAUGACUCGGGAGCCAGCGUUCCAGUACCUGACCAUCCUCCUGCUGGCCUUCACAGAUUCUGCCAUUAUGCUCCUGAAGUUGCCACUAAUACGUUACACCAGGGGUUGGCAACUUUUUUCCCCCCAUGUGGAAUGCCAAUUUAGUCAAUUUCUACCGAUUUUGUGUGCCAGUUAAGGGUUUCAUAUGCCCUUUUUUUAUGGAACAGUGGUAAUAAAUUAUAUACAAAUAUAAAAGUCACUUCUAUUGCCAACUAUGUAAAAGAUGGAAACAUUGCAGCCUGCAGAUAAAAAAUAUUCUGAUUUUAUAAAUAUCCUAUGAAUCACAUUGUUGCAGACAGGCCAUGCCUAGCCGAACUCAAAAUAUUAUCAAUUGGGGCCUGCCCGACGCGUGCGCUAGCAAACUUGACACAUUAUAUAAAAUAUUCUGGGCCCCUGUUUUGCUGCACCAGUGAGCUCUGAACAGAAGCCACUGUAGGCUAUUUGCGCAAGGGAUAAGAAGUAAUCAGGAAGACUUAUUUUGCCAUUUCCACUAGAUCAGAGCAUGAUAUUUUUCCCUUUCACUCAGUGGUUAUCAAGAGGGCAGGAAAGAUUUUUCAAAUACAUUGAGUAACUAUUGUCAUUCUCAAUGUAUGUUAACAGACUUUGUUUACAUGCUGUUUGAGGUUACUUUGAAGCUCCAACUCAUUAGUGGUGGUGAGUUACGCCAAUCAGAAAUGCAAUCGUAUCCCCAAAUGGGCUUAUUUUUAUAGGUCUACAUUUGCAAGCAGGCCAGGUAGCCUUAGGCCUAAUUCUAUACUCAACAUUGACAGGAGCACUUUAAACAAAAGACAAUUACUAAAUGGAAUUAAAUACAUCUAAAGUUGUUUCUCACAAGUGUGGCCUUGGUUGUGUAGCCUUGGUUGUGCGCACUGACAGUGAGAACAAGACUGCAAUAAUAAAUACAUUAACUGAAAUUAUGGUAAACAUUGUAGAUUAGAAAUUAUGUAAAUCAAUGGGAAAUGUACUACUUGUGAUGGGGAAUUGAUGGACACUAACAAAGGGCUAACGAUUCACACAAUGAUUGUGCACGAAUUGGUGGGAGAGCGCAUUCUGGAGAGGUGUUUUGUGCCUCUUCGCCACAAUCCCCUUGGACUGUGCCAUGCCUGUGGCCUCCAGUGGAUUAGUCCACUGAGACAUGCAUGAAUCUCAGGUUUAUGUGCCAUAAAGACAAAUGUGGGGUCAGCCCUGAACUGGGUAGGUCUUAGUGAAUGGAGACCCCAUACAUAUUAACCUGUGUGACAAGCUGGAAUGCCCAGCUGUUGCUUAUGGAGAUGGUCUUCAGAACAGCGUCUCUUCUCUCCUUUCUCACCCACCACUUUCUUUCUAGUUGAGCAGUCCAGAUGAGUCCUCCAUCCCAGAAGAAAUGUCCCCUAACCCUGAAUAUCUGUCCUUGUUUGGAUGAAAAACCCUCCUCGCUGUUUUAUUUUAAGCUCUGUUCCUUGACUAUGUUUACCAAGUUUUUUUAUUUGAAUGUAUCAUUGGGUGUUUUCCAUUUUUAAAUUUGUUGUGGUUUGGUCAAUGAAAUUAAAACUUUUUAUAAAAUUCCA